AUGGCUCUCACAAGGUUCACGAAGUUCCACCCGCCCACAUUCGACGGGGAAGUGAUUGAUCCUUGGACGGUGGAGACUUGGUUGGCCGCUAUGGAAACCCUGUUCGAGGACAUCUAUACUGAGGAGCGGGACAAGGUGAAUCUGGCCACGCAUUGCUUCGAUAAGCGGGCCAGGGUAUGGUGGAAGAGAGUGAAACAGGAUCGAUCUCUGGAUCUUCCCCCGAUUGAUUGGGAGGAGUUUCGAAGAUUGAUGUUCGCGGAGUACCUUCCUGACAACGAUAAAAGGAAGAUGCGGGAAGACUUCAGAAAGCUUAAGCAAGGCAACUGCAUGGUUCGGGAGUAUGAGCGGGAGUUCACCCAUCUCCUGAACUGCGUUCCGGACGUAGCGAAGACGGAGCGAGACCGGGGGGAUUACUUCGUGAGGGGACUCCGACCCGGAGUGUUUCGGGCGGUGCAUGCCUUCAAGUUCCACACUUUUGCGGAGGCUUUGGACCGUGCCUUGUGGGUAGUGCACGGGAAGGCUUGCACUCGUGGGGACCGCGAGAUCUACGAAAAGGAUAGAGGGAGGAAGCGGCCGAGUGGUAGUUCGGGGGGACAAUCGAAUUCCAGGAGGCCCUCGAAGUACCCACGAUCGCAGUCUAAGGGCCGCGGACCGCACCGAUGUGUUGUUUGUGGUGGAAAUCAUCGGCCUGGGGAAUGCAAGUAG